CGCUUCUUUUGCCAAAGCCUACCUUAAUAAUACAAUACCAGGAAGCAAGAGGAAGAAAGAAGGAUAUUGAGAACUACAGCAUUUUGCUAAGAAAACCAUAUGAGUUGGUAUUCAGAGGGUAGAGAAGUUUAAAAGAGGUUAUAGCUUUUUCUUUUUCAAUGGAAGUUAGCAGGAAGAUGACUAAUAUGGUGGGAGUUGAGAGAGAUUUGAACUUGAAAGAGACUGAGCUUUGUCUUGGAUUGCCUGGUGGUGGUGGUGGUUGUGGAAAUGAACAACAACCAGGGACUCCAAAAGCUACUGGGAAAAGAGGGUUCUCUGACACUGUUGAUCUUCUUGAGCUUAAUUUUCACUCCAAAAAGGAAGAUCUGAAAGAGAAGAUUAUAAACAAUAAUGCUCCUAAGGAGAAGAAUCUCCUUCCUAAUUGCAACAAAGAUCCGGCUAAACCACCUGCUAAGGCGCAAGUUGUGGGUUGGCCACCAGUGAGAUCAUACAGGAAGAACAUAAUGGCACAGAAGAGCAACAGUGUGGAGACUGAGAAGGCAAGCUGUACUGGUAGCGCAGCAUUUGUGAAGGUUUGCAUGGAUGGUGCUCCAUAUCUUCGUAAGGUGGAUUUGAAGAUGUACAAGAGCUACCAAGAACUUUCUGAUUCUUUGGCCAAGAUGUUCAGUUCCUUCACCAUGGGUAAUUAUGGGUCCCAAGGAAUGAUAGACUUCAUGAAUGAGAGCAAGUUGAUGGAUCUUCUGAACAGUUCUGAGUAUGUGCCAACCUAUGAAGAUAAGGAUGGUGAUUGGAUGCUCGUGGGUGAUGUUCCAUGGGAGAUGUUUGUUGAGUCAUGCAAGCGCUUGCGAAUAAUGAAAGGAUCAGAAGCAAUUGGACUUGCUCCAAGGGCUAUGGAGAAAUGCAAGAGCAGAAGCUAAACCCAGAAUAAUACAUAUACUUUUGAAGAUCCUGAUGAUAAAAAAGAAAAAAAGAAAAAAGAAAAAAAGAAUUAAGCACGGGACAAAUCGAUCAGGAUGUGUUUCUUUGGAUGUGUCUGUACUAUUUGAUGGUGUAUAGAUAUUAAAGAUAUCUCUCUCUCUCUCUUUCUCUGGACAUCUGUAAUGGACAAGAAGUAAUAAACUUCACAAUUGUCUGGCUUGUUUAUUACUAAUUGGCUUGUUUGAAUAAUUACCCAUUUUGCUUGUUUUUUAA